CACGUACACCAAAAUUUUUCAAGUCCGUGAAGAAAAGAAGCUUCGAGUGUAGAGCUUCUUUCGCCCGGAAUUCUAUGAAUUAUCGUCGCGAAACUUGCGUAAAAUGUCAAUAGCGUUCGGUCGGAUUGUGUUGUUCGUUUUGGUUUUGUGAAGUGGUCGAGUUUUAAUUGAUUGUGUUUCUUGUUUGAGUGUCAACGGUUUCCUGGUCGGUGGUUACGGUUGGUGUUCAGCGAAAAUGGUGCGAGGUCGUAGAGUACGGGCGGUGGUGACGUGCGGUCGCAACGACGACUGUUGCUCCCCGAAUCCCAAAAGGAAGGACCAAAAAGUUAACCAAAAUGCCAAAUUGUCGGUUAACGUAACGCCAACAAAGACCCGCACAAUAACCGAGUUUUUCCAAGCAGUCUGUGACAUAGACAUACAAAAUGUUGACAUGAAGGAAGUCACUGAAGAGAUCAAAUCAUUGAGGACAACAAGGCGGAAAGGGUCACCCACAAAACUGAUAUUAAGUGAGAGAGAUGCCACUGAAGUUUUAUUCAUGUGUGAAUCUAAAGUUUUAAACAACAAUUGUCCAACAACACCAAUCAUGAAGCCUUUAAAAAAUUCAUACAUAGAUCUAAAAUCACCGCCGACGCCUCACAGAAUCGAACUGCGUCCUGAAGUAAUUGAAGAACCACCAAAAGAUGACGCAGUCGUACCAGAAAAGCCGAAAGUCGCAAAGAAACUGAAUGUAAACCAAGAACAGAACAAACAGAAGAAGGAAAAGGAAACAGAAAAGCUCACCGAUUUCUUCCCGGUUCGUAGAUCGGUACGCAAGACGAAAAAAACAGUGUUGGAAGAAAAGCAGAGAUCAUUAGAAUGUGCAGUGAGAAGCGGCAAAGAGGAUGGCCUGGAGGUGUGCAGUUUUGAGGGCAAAGGACGUGGCGUUGUGGCCGCCAGGAAUUUCGAGAAGGGCGAAUUUGUCGUCGAGUAUGCUGGGGAUUUGAUUGAUUUGAUUGAGGCGAAGCGACGUGAGGCCAAGUAUGCCUUGGAUCAAAACGCUGGCUGCUACAUGUAUUAUUUUAAGUUCAAUGGGCAGCAGUAUUGUAUUGACGCAACGGCAGAGUCUGGAAAACUGGGAAGGCUGGUGAAUCAUUCACGCAACGGUAACCUGGCCACAAGGACGAUUUUGUUGGAUAAUGUGCCCAGAUUGGUCCUCAUUGCCAAAGAAGACAUUAAAAUGGGUCAGGAAGUUUUGUAUGACUACGGCGACAGAUCAAAAGAGUCUCUGAAACAUCACCCAUGGUUGGCGUAUUAAUUUAUUGAAAAAAAGUAUUUUUAUCUUUGAAUUUAUAUAUAUUAUUGUGCAGUUGUAAAUAUUGAAAAUUGAGACUGAGGUUUAAUUUGUUAAUAUUUGAAUUUGUCUCGACCUAAAAUUAAAUUAGUUUCCUAGAUUGGUGUUAAAUUUUAAGAGUUUUAAUAGUUAGUAUACAUGAACAAUUGUGCUUUAAGAUAAUAGAAUUAUUUGCACUGCCUUAUAACUAAAACAGUUCUGUUUUAUAGAACCAAAACUGUUACUUAACUAUUUAUUUUGUAAUUUAUUUUCGAUUCGAUUUUACUGUUAGACAAGCACCAAUUUUUAUAUAUAAAUGUAUAAACGAAUGUGUCGGUUCUUCCGCUUCCUUAUCUUUUAUUAUUCAUGACACAGUUUUAAGACAAACAAUUUAUUUCCGAGGUGCAGGUUUUAAGUUGUACUCUUUGUGUAGAUUCGUAUUUAUCAAUACAUACUGUUUUUUGUAUUCAAUACAGUUAUUAAGUAUAAAA